GCAGAAUACCAUCCAACCAGCCACACAGAGCACCUAAGCUAGUGGAAUGGGCUUCAUUCUCUUUCUCGCUGUCUCAGUCUUCGUUGCAGAGGCUGAGGAAGAAUUCAUCAGAAUUUGGCCAGAAAAGGCUGUGGUGGAAUAUGGAGGCUCCGUUGUGUUAAACUGCAGCUCCAACUGUGAGGGAAUUGGCUUUGAGAGCAACUUAAAACAGGUUUCCGCAGGAAAUGGGACAUCUUGGAAAGCCUUCAAUUUCACCUAUGGCAAUGACUGGAAUCCUGAAAUAUUAUGCUUUGCUAAAUGUACGAGUGCCAUAACACCUCCGCGUACGAAGAUCACAGUUUACCGAGCUCCAAAGCAUGUCGUGCUGGAGGUACCAAAGAUGGAGGUAGGCAGAGAAUAUACCUUGACCUGCCGGGUUUCCAAUGUCGCCCCCAUCCGGAACCUCACUGUGACCUUGUUCAAAGGGCGGGAAAAACUUCUAGUGAAGACGUUUGAGAAUCACACUGAUGCUAAAGCUAAUAACGUAACAGUGACCCACAACAUGACUGCUCAGCGGGCUGACCACGGGGAGGAAGUCACCUGCCACACAGCUCUGGAUCUGAGACCUAAAGGGCCAUUCCUUGAAAAAGCAUUCGGCAAUGAAUCACUAAUGACUGCUGUUUUCCCAAUGGAUCCCAGUCUCAAAACCCUACCUUCCAUUGAGACCCAUACCAAGAUGACUGUGACAUGUGAUGCGUCUGGAGUUUUUCCAGCUGAAGAGGCCCAGUUUGUAGUCUGGUUUGCAGGGGAGAGAAGGAACUUCAGCAGGAGUGUGUCUGGGGACACAGUGAGUGCCCGGGCUCUGGUGUCUGCUUCAUCAGCAGGAGAACAUAAGUUGAUCUGCACAGUCUCUCUGGGACCAGUAACCAGAACUGUAGAGAAGACAGUGGAUGUGUACAACGCUCCGGUGCAGUUGACAGUGGAGCUCCUAAAGUCUUCACCAGGCCAGAGCUGGGCCUACAACCUGAGCUGCCAUGUUAUAAGGAUGGUCUCUCACAGCAACGUCACCGUGACCUUGUUUAAAGGGCCAGAGAGGCAGCAUUCGCAGACAUUUUGGAACCCUACCACACCUGAGCGUGCAAACUUCACAAUCACUCACCCCAUGACCCUUCAACCGCAGGACCAUGGGCGGGAGGCUAAUUGUCACAUGACCUUGGAUUCCAGCCCUUAUGGAGAGCCAUUAACUUCUACAAUAAAGCUCAAGACUGCUGAAACCUCUAAGGCAAUCAUUGUGGCUGCUGUGUCUAUAGCUGCGCUAGCUGCUACACUGAUGGGCAUUCUUAUCUGUCAUCAGAUCUGUGUGCGUGGAUCCGCUAGCAAAACAAGACUAAGAAUGGCAAAACAAAUAUGAAGCUAAAUGAGCCGAAAAAGAAAAAAAAGCUUGUUGUAACAAUUCAGCAGAACUCCUAUUUUAUCAACAUCUCAUAUGCAAGCAAUGAUUUAUUAGUCAUGAAGCAACUGUGAAUGGCUUUGUAAAUGAGAAAAAUACCACUAGUAUAAAGUAAUAAUAAUGAAAAUUGGAAUCACAGUCAGGCUUUGUCCUGAGCCUGAUGCCCACGGAAGAUGGGGUCAGGAGAGCUAUUAUUUCCUUUUGGCCUCAGGUGUCCUCUACCACAUUUUUCUUCCCCACUGUUUUCUUUCUUCUGCCGGAGGUUAUUCAGAUCCCAGAGCCACAGUAGCCGGUGGGUGUCAUAAAUCUUCUUGAAGUUAUAUUUUGUAAAGAUUGCCACCCAUUCAUCAUUUUUAAGGGUUGUUUAUUUUUGGGGAGUUUGACUACAGUAAGUAGAAAACAUACAAUAGAAAGGUGUUGUUCAUAUUUUUCAUAAGAAUCAGGAUCACAAUAGACAACAAUACGUUUUAUAGGAUUGACCAAUCACGGACGAUAUUCUCCCUCUAGAACAACCUCCCCUCUCUGAUACGUCAGGCAUCAAUGAUCAUGUGCAAUCAACAAUGAUUAAAAACUUACUUAUUUACCCUGGGUUUUCCCAACCAUUAACUUGUAUAAAUGUUACUGUGCUUUUAUAAUAUAUAUUUUUUCUAAUUUGCUAUAAAUCAUUUUGGGAUUUUCAUAAUGAUAAACAAUAUAUAAAUAUUCUUAAAUAAAUAAAUGCAUCCUUUGAUAAUCUGA